UCAAUAUUCCAUAUUGACAGCACAAAGGAGGCGGCCAUCUUACUUUUAUUACAGAGGGAGAAGCCCUAGAUAUUUACAGAUUUCUGUUUUUUACAGUUGUUAGUGAAAUUAAAUAAUUUAUAUCCAAUCGUGUAUACUGCUUUAACUUAAGUAAAAUUAAUGUGUUAAGUUAAAAUGGAUGAUCCUAAUAGAAUGAUGGCGCAUAGCGGUGGCCUCAUGGGACCGCAGGGCUAUGGAUUGCCUGGUAGCGAAGGCACUCCUACUACAGGCGACAAUGAGGCAAGAAAGCAGGAUAUUGGCGAGAUAUUACAGCAAAUAAUGAAUAUAACAGACCAGAGUCUAGAUGAAGCUCAGGCCAGAAAGCACACUUUAAACUGUCAUAGAAUGAAACCUGCCUUGUUUUCAGUGCUGUGCGAAAUUAAGGAAAAAACUGUUUUGUCGCUUCGCAACACGCAAGAAGAGGAGCCACCAGACCCUCAGCUGAUGAGAUUAGACAACAUGUUGAUAGCAGAGGGUGUAGCAGGUCCUGAAAAGGGUGGAGGAGCAGGUGCUGCUGCCUCUGCUUCGGCUGCUGCUGGAGAAUGGGGCACUGUGGCCCAAGCAGAUAACGCGAUCGAGCACUCGGACUACCGUGCGAAGUUGGCGCAGAUCCGUCAGAUUUAUCAUCAGGAGCUUGACAAGUAUGAAAAUGCCUGCAAUGAGUUCACUACUCACGUCAUGAAUCUCUUAAGAGAGCAGAGCCGUACUCGGCCCAUUACUCCAAAGGAGAUUGAGCGUAUGGUGCAGAUUAUUCACAAGAAGUUCAGUUCCAUACAAAUGCAGCUGAAACAAUCGACUUGUGAGGCUGUCAUGAUACUUCGUUCACGUUUCCUGGAUGCGCGCCGAAAGCGCCGCAACUUCAGCAAACAAGCGUCGGAGAUUCUCAACGAGUACUUCUACUCGCACCUCUCCAACCCCUACCCCAGUGAGGAGGCUAAGGAGGAGCUGGCUCGCAAGUGCGGCAUCACGGUCUCGCAGGUCUCCAACUGGUUCGGCAACAAACGUAUCCGUUACAAGAAGAACAUUGGCAAGGCACAGGAGGAAGCCAAUCUCUACGCCGCUAAGAAGGCUGCUGCAGGCGCAUCACCGUACUCGAUGGGGGCGGCGUCAGGCACGGCCACGCCCAUGAUGUCUCCGGCGCCUACGCAGGACUCCAUGGGCUACUCUCUGCCGGCCCCGCCCUACGACCAGCCUCAGCCGCCCUACGAUGGCUCCAUGGGAUAUGAUCCUAUGCACCAGGAUCUUUCGCCAUAGGUGUGGCGUUACCUCGCCGCGGCAGGCGCUGGGCGUGGCGGCGCAGACGGCGAGUAACAACAUACGUAUACCAUGUCCCGACAUUGUAGCAUUCACUGUGACCCAGUAUUUCUUUUUAAAUUAUUUACACGAACUCUUUAAGGAUUUAUACACCAGUUAUUCAAGUUAUUGCUUCUCUAAAUUAAACUAUAAUUUAUUAUUAAAUGUGUAACUGAAUGUCUUUAAUAUGGGGAACGAUCCCCUCGAAGGCCUACGCAGCAACGAGAAUGUAUCUUUUGUAAUAGGAAUUAUUUGUAGCCCCAUUUAUUUAGUGAUGUAGUUUUUACAGCAAAUUCGAUUCGUGUAAUGGCAGCAAGUAUUAUUUGGCAUUCUUUCGGCAGUAUUAGUGUUAAUUGUGGCGGGAUCUCGAUAUUCACCGCGUUUACGGUGGAAUAUAAAUAUACGAUAGUUUUAAGUUAAUCUAAGGUAGUAUAAGUUGAGAUAUUUUGUGCUGAAUAGUAUCCCUUGCAUGGCUGUCAGAUUUUAUCGAAGACUGGAUGUGAGUUUGACUUAACAAAUUAUAUUUGAUUAUUAUGUUUAAGUUAAGGCAAAACUUUAGCUUCCCAUAU